AUGACCAAUCCAGCAAACGAAUCCAUUCAACUGAGGGCAGUCGCCUCUCAUCCUGAGGAUGAUUCCUUUUCACCACACGAGAUUGAGCAGCCCAUGCUCGCUCAGCCCGAUGGCGGCAAGGCCGCUUGGUUGAUACUGGCAUCGUGCUGUCUCAUUCAAGUUCCAGUCUGGGGAUUCUCGAGUGUGUUCGGUGUUUUCCAAGAGUACUACUCCUUGAACGACGUACUGCAGGGCAGCAAAGGAGACUUGGCGACUGUGGGGACUACAUCAACGGGGUUACUCUAUCUUCUCUCUCCAGUCACCUUCACGCUGCUGACUCGGUACCCACAUCUGCAAAUUUGGUGUGCUCCAACGGGACUAGUCGUCACCGUGAUCGGCUCCUUGCUUUCUUCUUUCUCGGAGAAAGUAUGGCAACUCAUUGCGACCCAAGGCGUGAUAUGUGCUAUCGGCAAUGCGCUGUUAUUCAGUCUUCCUUCUCUCUAUCUAGAUCAAUGGUUCAUCCGGAGGAAAGGCCUCGCUCUUGGAAUCAUGUGGGCUGCGAAGAGUAUUACUGGUGUUGCUCUACCAUUCAUUGCGAGUGCCUGUCUGAACAGAUUUGGCUCAAGUACAACUUUGAGGGCAUGGACCGUAACUACACUCAUCACAACCUUGCUUUCCCUACCGUACAUGAAGCCCCGAAUCCCAGUGUCUGCAUCAUCAUCGGCCCGUCCUCUUGAUCUCAGUUUCCUUGGGCUGGGCACGUUCUGGAUGCUGCAAGCAGGCAACAUCAUGCAGAGCUUCGGAUACUUCCUACCGUCAACAUACCUUCCGACAUACUCGACAGGAACAGUCGGUCUGCCCGAGUUCAUGGGCACGUUGCUUGUGUCCCUUGUCAACGCAACCUCAAUCUUCGGUGGUAUUGCACUGGGAAUGCUUUGCGACCGAUGCAACGUGACAAACGUUCUACUCUUGUCCUCUGUAGGAUCUGCUUUGUCAGUGCUCCUCUUCUGGGGCAUGGCUUCGUCUGCGGAUCCAGGCUCUCACGCUGGUGUGGCAUUUCUUACUGUUUUCGCCAUUUUCUAUGGAUUUUUCGCUGGUGGGUUUAGCUCGACUUGGUCGGGUAUCAUCACACAGAUCGAGAAUGAGUCUUCAUCAUCACUGGAGACUGGACUGGUGUUUGGUCUUUUGGCGGGUGGGAGAGGUAUCGGAAAUGUCAUUAGUGGGCCUUUGAGUACAGUGCUGAUCCGCCAGGGCGCGCUGGGUCAUGAUGGUGCGACAGGAUACGAAACUCAGUAUGGAACUUUGAUUCUGUUUACAGGAAUAACAGCCUUUUUGGGGGCUUGGGGCUGGAUGUGGCGAUACAUGAGUCCUGCGGUACGUUGUCUCCACUGA